UCUCAAGGCUCGCAAAACAAUACGAAGGUUAUGAAUAGCAACAAAACCCGUAGCGCGAUAUACGUGCUGGUUAAUCACCGAUGUAAAACGGUUGAAAAAGCGAAGCACUUCGGCACAUAAAAGAAGUCCAGCAAUUUCCUCACAGCCAACGCACUGGAAUUCCUGUCCGCGUUGAAAUAUUUUACCUCGCCUGAUCGACGUGUCAUUUGCUAACGUAAAUGGUCAUCCCAAGGGCGGGAAGUUCUUCAAACGGGUGUUAUUUGUCAAAGACAAUGCGAAUUAUCGUGCUCUUUACACUCUGCUUCUCGUGGAGUUACGCAAAACGAUCAGAAACAUUGUACAAAGGAAAAACGAAGUUGAAAAAGCUACCAACAAUUCGCCUUCAUGAACAAGCCGGUUCAUCGGUGACACUGGAAUGUCCAAUCAGACCCUCAGUCCAGAGGAUGUACCGUUACCUAAGUCGCAUUAAGACCGGCAAACAACUGGAACGUGCUAAAUUACAGAUGGUACCUUUACUUGGGGUCAGAUACAGAUGGUACAAGGAUGGUAAGCCAAUAAGGCACCAUAGAUCGGCGUGGUCAAUGAAAUUACAAGAUUUGAAGUUAGAAGAUGCGGGGGAAUACACGUGUAAGGUCACCAUGCCUAGACGUACCAGAAGCCGAAAUUUUGUCCUACGAAUUACCACGCCAUUAGGAAGUGGACGACCAAUUCUAGAGUCAGAAUCGAGGAAUAUUUCUGUAAGAGUUGGCCAAAGUACGGACAUACGAUGUGUUAGUGGAAACACACGUCAUCGACCGAAAAUCACUUGGCUGAAAUGGAGGAAAGGACAAACACCUGAGAUAACAAAAAACUUUAUAAAAACCCUGAGCUUGACACAGCCUGGGAAAGAUUAUGAAAUCAUAAAUCGAAAACAGAGCGGGAAAGCUGUUUCGUCUACGGUGCGUGCAAAUGUAAGACAUGGACAAAAAAAUAAAUCAUACGAAUUUAUACUCACGUUGGAAAACGCGAAGAUAGAAGACUCGGGGUUGUAUUUAUGUCUUGUCAAAAAUAAAUAUGGAAGCGACUGGAGGAAGUUGAAUGUCCAAGUCAGCUCUAUGAAAGGCGUGGCUCCUUACCCGACAAAUCAAAAACAGCGCAGGCGCUACAUGGUCUACCCAACAUUCUCUCCUGCACGUCUGAACUGCUACGUCACGGGAGAUCAGCCGCUGACCUACCAGUGGUUCAAAAAUGGAAAAAAGUUCACGCAUAGGAAACUGGGCGGAAAGGUGAAUUCCACGACUUCGGUUCUGCGCAUGCGAAACUUGCUACCCUCGGACUCAGGUCGCUACACCUGCCGCGCAUCAAACCCGUAUGGCGAAUACAGUCACAAUAUCAAGUUGGAGGUUGUGACUCGCAUUCUUUCAGCCCCAAUUCUUCUGAAAACCCACCCGAAAAACAUCACUUCGACGCCGGGAAAAAAUGUCACAUUCGAGUGUAUUGAACUCCUAAGCAAUCCUAUGCCAGACUACAGAUGGUACAAGUGGCACACAGUCCCUGACACGUAUCCUCGCUUGAAUUUUGACAACACGUCACAGUUCACGGAGAUUGACCCAAUCCACUACACACCAAUGCAAGUGAACGUUCACAAUACUAAUCGCUAUGCUGGAAAAUUGACGCUAAAAAACAUCACCGAAGAUGACUUCGGAUUGUACUCGUGUGUUCUUCGGAAUCAGUUCGGAAUGGAUUACUCAAGCGCAUUUCUUCACAGGAAACCAAACGAAGGCCCGAAAUUUGUGUCCUCGAAAGCUCGUCCUACUGUGAUUAAAAUACCGCAGACAGCGCCAUUAAAGCUGAAUUGUGAUGCAACGGGAGACCCUAAACCUAGCAUUAUGUGGUUUCGAAAUGGUGAGCUACUUUCGCCAACACAAAACUUGGUUUUAUCGAGCUACACGCUGACACUGCGCAAAAUAUUGCCUCGACAUAGCGGAAAUUAUACAUGUCACGUGAAAAACACAUGGGGAAAUAUCAGCCACACUUUUGAAGUACAGAUCAAAGAAUUGCUCUUUACUCGUCCAAUUAUUCUCCCAUCGAGAAAGAAAGUCCUUCAUUCUGGCGAAAGAUACGAACUCAAAUGUACCAUUGUCUCCAGAGAGCCGCUUGCGCCAAGUCUGACCAUGGACCUGGACACUAAACUGGGAGCCCAGGAGAGUCUCAAGGGCAAAGCAAAACUUGUCAAACUUGAUAAACGUGUUUAUCAAUUUAGCUACGUUAUCAGGAAUGCGACUCGCAAAGACAGCGGAAAUUACACGUGCGUUGCGAGAAAUUCAAUUGGGAAAUCCCAAAGGAAAUUUCAAAUCCACGUGGAAGCUUAAAGCUAGCGGGUAGCUACGUUUAAACCUGGACCAAACCACACGUGUAUUCUGGGUAAAAGCAUGCGUCUAGUCCUUCCCAUAAUUCAUAACAAUACGAAAAAACGAUGGGUUUACAAGAACGCAAACGAAAAAACGGAUAUUUCCGUUAGAAUAUAUGAAUGGAAUGUAUUAUAAGUUUUAGUCUAAAUAUACACGAGAUUCUUUUAAAAUUAUGUUUAGAUCAAAUCAUGAACCACUAAAUUCUUUAAUAUUUAUGAUAAUUAAAGUUAUAAAUACGAGCGUUGAAAUCGACAGCAAAAUGCUGAACAUAGUAAAAUAUAUAGGAAAGUCUUGCAGAGGAUCUCAUUUCGUGCUAAAUCAACACAAAAACUGAAGAUUUUCGACUCAAUUUAUUCUGAUAGACAGCGUUAUUUAGCGGAUGCUGGUUUUCUAAAUCACCUGUAGUGUUGUGUAUAUAUUGAUUAUAUUCGUGAAGUACACUUCCUUUCAAUGUCAGGCUAGUUUUUUGAUUUUUCAACGAUUAAAACGAAUCACUAUCCAUUAGUCAGUGCUGUCUACAUAACCUUCGUACAACUGACCCACAAUUCGUUGAUUUUGCCAAAAUGAAUUGAGGAAAUCAAGCAGGACUUGUAUCACUCAGUGGUUUAAUUGUACAGAACUCAUAAAACUUUUAUACCAGUCCUAUUCUUGAAAAAUAAGUCAAACGACGUUGAAUUCAUGGACAUUCAUCUUAUGUGUUUAAAAUACCAGUUAUAGUGAAUCUGUCUCAGAACAAUAUUGUACAACUAGUUAUAUUAACUAUAUAUAACCAUUACCACAGAUAAUAUCAUAUAUAGUGUAGCUUUUUAACAUGCGUAUUUAUCGAAAAAGUAAUAUUUAAGCAAAAAAAUUCUCAUGGCAUGUUUAGUAUUUAGUCCUCUGGGAAGGGUGUUGAAAGUAAAAAAGUGAUUGUCUCAAACGAUUUUGCAACAUCGUGAUCGGAUGGCGCCGUCACAAAUCGUAACGUUUACAGUAAUUUGCAUAUAUUGCGCCAUUGACCUCAAAUUUCAAUUUUCGGAUACCCACAAGCCUAGUUGCCAUUGUUCUGAUCGGAAAAAAAACAUAAAAACAUAUUGAAUGCAGCAAAUGUAUGAAAGAUUCGUAAUCUUUUGAGUGUUUUUAACGCGUUCCUACCAUUUUUCCCAUUGAAAGCAUUCAUACAGCUCACAUCAUUAUCUUGUAUUGAAAUAGUACUUUUUGUAGCCAUUUGAACUCUAUUUACAUGCAGUUGGCUUUCACGUUAUCCGAAGGUACAAACGCAAACAACUAGCUGUUCUGAGUUUGAAUGUUUACAAAACAUUAGGCAAAGAUCAGAGCUUAAAAAGCGAAAACGACAAGCUUGUUUCAAGCUGCAAAGUCUACAAAGACUCGAGCAGACAGCAAAAAUACAAGUUUUACUUUCGAUUACUUUCAAUGCCCUCCUUUCCAAACAAGGUAGACGUUUGUAUAAGGACAUUUUUAAGUGUCAAUAAUCACCAUGUGAGAAUCUAACAUAUGUAAUUGAGAUAAAAUGCAUGAAACACUGUAACUACUGAAAAUAAUUGUACUUGUAAUUUAGAGAUAAUAUAGUAAA